AUGCUGAAAACCAUCAUUCUCCUCCUGGCACUCACCGCAAUUCCCGGCGAAGCCUCGCACAGGGUGAAGCGAAUUGUCGGCGGGAUGAGAGCUGAGGCUCCUCCUGUCGAUGAUCCCGUCGUCUUCGUGCACCAGCCGACGAAAACCAUCCGCAUUGAGGGACUGCAGCAGGAUUUCACUGGGUUCUACUCCUUCCUCGGCAUCCCGUACGCCGAUCCGCCAACAGGGCGCAAUCGCUUCGUCAAGGCGCGCCUCCGGAAGCUGUUCGGCGAUGUGCAGGCCACAAGGUACCCAUCUCCCUGUCCACAGCCGAGCAGCAAGAAUCCCCAAGACGUCAUCGGCGACGAGGACUGCCUGAAGCUGAACAUCCACACGCCUCGCAUGCCGGACGAGGAGGAGAAACUCCCGGUGAUUGUCUUCCUGCACGGCGGCGGCUUUCGGUACGGCUCCCCGUCGCAGUACGAUCCUCGCCACUUCAUCGGGCACAAGGUGAUCUUCGUAGGUGUGCAAUAUCGCCUGGGAUCGCUGGGAAUCCUGGGCCUGGGCUCCAAGGAGUUCCCCAGCAAUGGCGCCCUGUCGGAUUGCGUGGCCGCGCUCCGCUGGACACACAGAUACAUCCAGUACUUCGGCGGAGACGCUCAGAAAGUCACAGUCCUGGGACACGGAUCAGGAGCCGCCUUGGCGAUGAUGCUCUCUCUAUCCAGACACUCCAAUCCGCUCAUCAGAGGCAUUGUGGCGAUGUCCGGAAGCGCUCUGUCGCCUCACGCCGUGGACGGCAAUCCGAAGAAGUCCCUGCUGGACGUCGAGAAGUUAAACAGAUGCGCCAAAGAGAGUCCGCUGAAGAUCUUCAGAUGCCUGCAGAACGUUGCUCUCAAGGAGAUCAUCAGGAGUGACUCAGACAUCCAAUUCCUGCCCAAGAACUCCGACAUCAUUGCCGACCUGUCGGGCUUCCUCGGUUUCUCACCCAGCGUCGAGGAUGCCGAUGACAACCGCGGACUGCCGGGCAUCCUGACAGAGCCUCCCAGAAACGCCCUUCAGGCUGGCCACUUCAAUUCCAAAAUCCGCCUGCUCAUCGGCCAGACCAAGGAUGAAACUUGCCGGGCAUCGGCGCUCACCAAAAUCCCCGCCAACACACUGAAGAAACUACAAGACGACGCCGACAGCUUCCUCUCCAUCUUUAAUCUCACAUGUCCGAAGGACUUCUUCAGUCAACUGUCCUCCGCACUGGUGAGUCUGGGCAACAUCCCCAAGAACCUCUUCAACAACCUCAUCCAGAGCACCACGGACAUCUUCUUCAGCAUCCCCAUGAUCUUCACGGCGGAGUUCUGGAGUCACACAGCCCAAUCCUUUAUCUACAGCUUCGACUUCCUCUCGAAAUCCAAGCUGCCCGGCGGCGAGAUCUUCCUGCCGCAGCUCGCGCUCACGCAGGGCGUGAGAGUAGCGGGAAAUGUGGCGCACGGCGACGAGUUGAUCUUCCUCUUCGAGCCGCGUGACGUCUUUGGCAAUUCUCUGGGCAACUUCAGCGCCUCCUUCGCGCCCGCCGACGAGAAAGUCCGUCGCGAUUUCACCGAGAUGAUCGUCAAAUUCACGAGAAUCGGCGAUGACGGCGAAAAUUCCACAGAUGUCAGCAUCUUUAUGCCCUUCACCACCAAAAAACUGCCUUACAUCGAGAUUUCCGACACGAUUUCGCUGAAAGACAACUUCCGGAUCUGCUCUUUGAUCAAUUUCGGUGGUAUUUUCUCCUUCGUCGACAACAUUCAGUGUGAGAUCGUGAAGACGGCCGGAGGAUUAGCCGAAGGCGUGGUGGAUACCGUGUCCGGCGCUGGAAAGUAUCUCGCCAAAGUGACGUAUUUGGACAAAGUCUUCGGCUGA